AUGAACAAUGGUGGCGACAAGCAGCAACGUGUAUGAGGAAAUUGUGGGGUCACGGGGCAGCUGACCUCAGCCACCCCGGAAUCUCUUAAUGCACGCCAUGCCACACAAUCUAAAUAAUACCUCGGCUAAUUCAGCCAACUCAGGCCAAAAUUACCAGGCGUUCGGAAAUCUGCAAUCCUGCCAUCGGCUUGAACAAGAUGGAUUCCAGCCUGAGAAGGAGCCAGUGGAGUUCGAUAAUAGGCAUCUGCUGGGCGCUCCGGCGGAAGUGGAAAGCCUUGUAUAUAACAUUAAAGAAGUUGCACAGCAGUUCCUAUAUCACUGGAAGAAGUUUCCAAUUAUACUACCGCCGGAACUAUUUACGUGUACCGUACCUUCUGUUUCCAUCGGCGAUGACAGCCUCACACGAAAAAAACAACAACCAUACCAUUUAAGGGACAUGUUUGUGGCUCCAAGUUUUGAUGAACUCGACGCUGUUGCUGUAGAUAGUAAGGGUGAAUCUCGACGACUCACCAAUAAACAACUAGAGAGCAUCCGUGAGAGGGGCUUGCACAAGGAUAAGUACGGAAAGCCGAAGAAGCUGAAUGCCACUCAAUUGGAGAGCAUUCGCAAAUGCGGGGAGUUCGAAGUGGAAUCGAUCAAUUUUGCCGGCCAGACUCAUCGUUGGCGCCUGAGUGGAUUGCUGCAGCGUGGUAGAGAUCGACGUCGAGAUGCCCUCCUUAAAGAUCUCGCUCUGGCCACCCGGUUCCUGGUCGUCACAGCUAAGGGCAGACUCGUGUCUCAUUGUUUCAGCGUGUCUGAGUCCCUCAAGGCCCUGUUCAUCGGUGUCCUCAGAUUGCUUGAUAUCAUAAUUGGAAUGCCAUCUCUUCAAGCACAGAAUUUAGAUGCCAAAAUUCGUGAAGAACGCUGCAGAUAUCUCGUAGCAGAAUUGAUUUGCAAACCUGAGUACGAGGAUUCAUUAGAGUUGUUGUGUGGUUUCGUACGUCGUCAGUUACAGCGAGCAACGAUGGAGAAAUUCGAAGUAGAACGCGAGUCGCAAAUGCUUCCAGUGCCGGUGCCAUUCGUCUUUGGUACACCGGGUGGUGCAGCAGUAGAUCUACGGCUCUUCAGUCGUGACAUCAUUAAGAAGGCGUUGCCUUCACUCCUAACGAUACUAGAGAGAGAGACUCGUGGCUGGUUUCUUCAUUUUCGCGAAAAACUUAUUUCGGAGCUUCGAGCACAGAAGAAGACAGACGAAGAGAUCGAGAGAGAAGUAAAUGAGGCCGUGAUGCACGAAUAUUUACAACGUGUAUACACUUCGAUUUUGUCGCAUCCCAACAUACUCGCCCUCGGUGAGGGCAUAUCUCAUCUAUUAGUUCAACAAGCACAGUCAGUGGUAUUGAUGCAUCGUGCAGUAGAGAAUGUGCAACGGAAGUUGGCACGCACGAAGCAGGUACUGCGUGAGCGCAUUGAACGCGAGCAUCCGGUGCUGUCACGCAUAGGACCAUGGAUGCGGGACCAAAUGCGCGAGGCCGAAGCCAAUUUUAUCGAAGAGUGUGAAUGGAGUGCUCACGAAGAGGCCCUUAUGCUUUGCGGAAAGCAAAACCUUCAGCAGACACUAUAUUUUCUUAAUCGUGACUUAACUUUUAUGAGAGAGCGAGAGCCAGUACUUCUAAAGGAGUUAAGAAAAGUCAAAAUGCCAACAAGAAAUUUCCAGUGGCCUACGCACAUUUGGCUACCUAGAAAUUGGAUUGUUAGUCGUAGUUUUCAAGGUCAAUCGGAAAUUAUUCCAACGGUAUUAAGUAGUACACCGACGUCGAUUACCACACCACGCUCUGAUCCAAGUCAACCUGUUUUUUUAGUUGAACGAGAAAUCAUUCAUACAACAACCACAAGAUGGCCUAUGUGGCGAUGGAUAAAUUACGUAUCACGCACUUGGUGUUGGACAUGGAACGCAAUGUUUUUAUUUGGAGUAGCGUUACCUUGGUGUAGUCCGGUUUCUUUACGAGCUCUUCUCCUGAUUCGACCCUUUACCCCAGACUUCGAGUUAAGUCAAAUCAAUGGCACACUAUUUCCACGCAAGUCUUCCCAAACUCCCACACUUUAUUCUCGACUGACUACACUUUGGAGGCAUAUAAGUAAAAGUCGAACUCAUUUUGAGACAGAACCCGAUACAGGAUUUAUUGGAAAAGGAAUGACAAGACAUAUAAAUAGAUUAUGGAAUUAUGGAGCAAAAGGUCUUCUUGGCACAUUAGUUAUACUCUUUCUUUUCCCAGUAGCAUGCCUUUUAAUAAGUUUUACAUCACUUUUUAUUGCAGUUACUGCAUUUAUAUGGAUGCCAAUAGUUACCUUAAUACUUCACGCUUUCAUGGCUCUUAUUAUGGAUCUGGACAGUCCAGAAAAUAAUCGAAAUCGCUACUUAGUCGUAAUAGAAGCUUUAAUUUGGAAUAUUUGCCUACAAGGAUGUAUACAACCUAUUGCGGCCUUAUUUGUUUCAGCUCUCCUCUGCCCACUUAUUUCAUUUGUGAUAUUAACAAUUGCUAUCAUACGUUAUUGGGUGAGAGUAUUAUGGGACACUACCUUGUUUCACUUAGUUAUAAAAAGCCGAGGACGUAUUCCUGCAAGCAACAGUUUUGUUGUAAAAAGAAUAGCUGGACCAGGAUUAGCGUCUGAUUAUUAUUAUCAGAUUAAACCAGAACAGGCACUGGCUGCGUUUGAAGCAAAAUUGGAGCUUGAUGAAUUACUGGCGUAUCAACAGGAAAUGGAAAGGCUCAUUACCCAACCUCAGAGAGACUUUACUCAAUUUAUUGAAGCAUGCUUUGGUCCAUUUGCAGCAACUCUCGAAAAGACAAAGGAGCCUUACAAAUCUUUGGAAAAAGAAGCUAGAGAUUUAGUUGCUGCACUUCAUGAGAAAUUAGAUAGACGCAAGAAGGAUUUGCAGACUGGUUUAGGAGUAGCUGUUAGAACUAAAAUUAAACUUACGACAUUUGACUUGAAGAUAGUUAUUCAGCAAGGUGCAUUAAUGCUGGAACGACUAUAUCCAAGUCAUGUGUUUGCAAGAUUAUAUUCAUCGGAGGAGGACUUCUGGGAAAACAAAGGUCUGGGUGUAGCGGAUUGGGCAGGCCUUGCUGGACUUAUGUACUCUGACAUCUUUAGCCUUGACUUCUUGCAGCCUCUUGAUGACGCCGACACUAAAUUCAAACUUGAACCUCAUGGAGCCAUUGAUCUCACUCGAUAUACUGACAUGAUUCAUAAUACAGAACUUGGAGUUGGCGUCAAUGGCCCUGACCUGCUUGGAGCGGUUUAUGCACCUCGCGGCAACAUUCAAGUACACAGCCCGUACCUUGCUGUCUCAGUUUUCAAUCCGCGCGUUAAACCCCCCAGCAACAGUAGAAAAUCGGACAAGCACAAUGAUACAAUGGGUCUGCUGAUGUCCACGCGGAUUGGUCAGCACAUGAUAAUGAGCAAUAAUAGCGGUGGCGUGUACAUCAACAGCCGUUGGCAGCCUUGGAAGCGAUUAAUACGUCCUUAUAGUGCAGAAAAACUACUUAUUCCCCUACCGAUACCCCACCCGGCUCACAUUGCAGUAACGAUACAUAACCGCGAUUCUGAAGAUCCUAUACCUCUCGAUUCAGAAAUUUGUCAGAACAUACUUAAGGCUAUUGAAGAGUCACCUGAUGAAAUGCCUUUGGAAAGCGUUAUUGUCAGCAGAUAUCGAGGAGGAGACUCUAGUUUUGAUUCUGUUGCCUCUCAAUCAUCAGUAUCAAUCGAGGCUGCCUUCAACAAGAUUGAAGAAGUACAGAAGCAACAAGAAGUAGAUACACCGGAUGAAAAAGAAAUUGAAACGUAUCAUUGGACGCUGUCAAACUGGAGUGGUGGAAUGGCCAGGCGAAGAAAUUCUGGGUCGAUUAAAGUAGAUCUUGCGUCUCCAGAGGACGUGACGCUGGAUACAGAUAGCACACGAGUUAUGUUCAGUACAUAUGGAACUACAGUAUAGUUUCAUAAGCUUUUACUUUUACUAGAGCAUUUCGAUAUGCACAGCCUCGCAUUGAAUCUCUUAGUUUUAAAUUUGCAUGCAACAUUUUCCAAUAAUCUUCAGUAUUAUACAACGCAGUUACUUGCAACGAAUGAAUUUUAAGUUUCACUUGCAUUUUAUAUUUUAUUAUUGAUUAUAUUUUAUGUAAAAAAGAAAUUCGAAUUAUUUGCUAUCUACAAAUAUCAAUCUUAAUUGAAACAACUGAAAUAUCAGCU